UGGAGUUGUCUCCUUUGAGCCAACCUGCAGAAAGUUCUUCAUAAAGUGCUGCAGGUGUAUCUGCAUCAAGUUUUCUGCAUGUCAAUCAGGUGAGGUUCUGGGGUUGGGAUCCGGUUCUGGAGGUUUGGACUAUUGUGUGCACAAAGACUGAACACUAAAGCUAAAUACUAUGCAUAAACCAGGACAGGUUCCGUGGAGGGGAAAGUAGGUGUUCCAGUUUGAGCUGAAAACCUUCGAAGCUGCUGUUGCAAUAACACUUAUAGCCAACAGGGGGCGACAGAGCCCCAUAGAAACUAAAGGUUUUCCAGGAGGGGGGGACGAUCAUUCAGAACCAGAACAUACAACCAGAAUAGACUUUAACAAAUUAAUGAAUAGCAAAAAAGAAAAAAAAGACUAAAUAAAAAUAAAACUUUUUUAUUUAUUAUUUUUUUAUAUAAAUUAUCUGCAUGUUUUUUUUAAUCCCAAAUUCCAGUGCCCCCUCCCUUUGGCUCUUCGGCUUAAGCACUGACACACAGCAGCGAGAACAAAAGGCGGGAUUUUAUUGAGCAAAUGCUCAAACUAAACAACAAUAUGGACAAACACCUCCAGAGGAAAAUUACAAAGAAAUAUAUAUUUUAAUGGAAUUUUAAAAAUUAAAAAUAUGUUUAUUUAGCUGCACUUUGGGUAGAGUUAAAACUUUUAAUGUUUUAUUAUUUUACACUAAUUUCAGAAAUUAUUUUAUUUACUUGUUAUUUUAACACAAAUAAUACAACACAUUUUAAAAAUAAAAACAUAGUAAAACAAAUUAAAGAAUGAACGAAAUGUUGUUUUUCUGAAUCUUUUGGUGAAUUUUCGGGCUGCCUCCGUCUGUUGUUUCCUCCCGCGCGGAGGCCGGCGGCGCGCGGCCGCUGCUGCAGGUGGAUGAACACCUGAGCGCCUUGACUCUGGAGCAGACCCUCUCAGGUGUUUGGGGCCCAAGAGGGGCAGACGCUGACUGCCAACCGUUAGGAAUUACAGAACAAACGCAACAUCAAAUAAAAAAGAAAAUAAUUUUAAAAGUUUCUACGAAUAGAAAAAUAAAAAAAUAAAAAAUAAGAGAAACAUAAAUAAAAACUAAAGAUUUGCGCGCGGCUGAUCUGCUGUUUGUGCCACAGAAUUAAAAAUAGUCCCGCUGCGUUUACCGCAGGCCCUCACGCAAAGCUGCGCGCUACCUUGUGCUGUUCUGGUUCAGAUGAAUGAGUUAAAUGUCCCGGAGAUAUGUGCUCGCGUGUGCGCGCGUGCGCGGUCGCUUGACUCUGGACGAAUCCGUUCCGUGUUGCGCGCUCGAGUCCGCCUCUCCGCGCCCCUGCUUCCCAUUGACGCACUUUUUAAGCGUCUUCCUCUUCUCCACCUUAAGGCAGCAGCAGCGACCAAUCACCAUGCCAUUACAGCCUUCAGAGGAAGCUGUUUAUGGGGCUGCAGCGCUAAUUAGGCUCAUGAACUAACAAAUCUGCCCGGACGAAGCUGCUGAGGAAAGCGAUCACAUCCAUGGAUUAGUCUGGGAGUCGCCGGACGCCUUUUGGUUUCGACGCUGCGUUUUUUUCCAACUUGUUUGCUGCGUAAAAACUUUCCCUUUCCGUGGGUGUGGAGUAUUUUCACAGCACGAGCGCCUGCGACGACUUCCACCUAAACUGGGGAAUCUGGACUAUCAGACCAUGUUUCAACCCACACCCAAGAGGUGUUUUACGAUAGAGUCUUUAGUGGCGAAGGAUAAUCCGGUUCCGGUGUCCCGUUCGGAGGAGCCCAUCAGGCCCGCGGCUCUCAGCUAUGCAAACUCCGGCCAGAUGAACCCGUUUUUGAACGGCUUUCACUCCGGCGGCAGGGGCGUGUACUCGAACCCGGACUUGGUGUUCGCCGAGGCGGUGUCUCAUCCGCAGAACUCCGCGGUGCCGGUGCAUCCGGUGGCCCCGCCGCACGCGCUGGCCGCACACCCGCUUUCAUCUUCACACAGUCCGCACCCGCUUUUCGCCAGCCAGCAAAGGGACCCCUCAACCUUCUACCCCUGGUUAUUACACAGAUAUAGGUACUUGGGUCACAGAUUUCAAGGAAACGAAACGAGUCCAGAAAGUUUCCUUUUGCACAACGCGCUGGCCAGAAAGCCGAAGAGGAUCCGGACGGCGUUCUCGCCCUCGCAGCUCCUCCGGCUCGAACACGCGUUUGAGAAAAACCAUUACGUGGUGGGAGCAGAAAGGAAGCAGCUCGCGCACAGCCUUAGCCUCACGGAAACUCAGGUAAGAACCGAGGGAAGUGGUGCGGCUGCAGGCCAGGCCAUGGGGAGGGUUCCGGUGUGUCCGGGAACGUUUCGUCUUCAGCUCGUGCGCCUCACCGGCUCACCUCCAUGUCAUUUCCACCCCUUUAUAAAGCAGAGGACAGAAAUGCAGCUUUUACGCACGAGUCCGUAGGUUUUACGCACGAGCUGACAGACGCAGUUUUUGUUUAUUUCUGGAAAAUUAUAUUUUUUAUACAAUCAGCCUCUGAACCGGGGCCCGUUAACGCACGUUGUCCUUAGAGGACGGAUGACUGGGGGCAGGGGGGGUCUUUCUGCUGGAUCAAAUCCACAGUCAUUGUGUAGGCCUAACCUCAUUUCAGCAGGGCUUGAAUUACUUUGUUUUGAGGGGGGGUGCAGCCUUUCAAAAUGGAGGGCAAAUUAACCAGUUAACCAUUUUAUGGGACAGAGGACUCAAAGAGCGAGAUGGCUUCAGAGACCCCCCCUCCCCUCCUCGCCAUAUUUAAGAUGCUGUCGGAGCCCAUCAGCCGGUGCCUUUUGUCCGCGGUGUCUCCUCUGGACGGCGGGGCCUUUUGGAGCUGAAGGGAGAAAUGAAGCGUCACACACUUCAAUUAGGCCACUGAAGGCUGAUUAAAUGCACCUCCGCUUCCGUUUAGGAGCUACAGGAGCUGCAGAGGAAUAAAGCAGGAGCAGAUCAUUGAUCGAUCUCUGUGUUGUUAAUUCCCCGCGGCACUAAUUAUUGACAAAUCCGUUUAAGUGGCCUGUAAACGGCGGGAAGAGCUACACUUUUUAUUUGUAUUUCUUCCUUAAAACAUUUAAACAAUGUCAAACAUUAAAAAAUAUAUAAACUUUCAGCUGUUUGAAAAAUGUUUCAUUGACUCAUUUAUUUUCAUGAAGUGUUCUUUCUGAUGAUCCCGCAGGUCACGUGUGUGUUUGUAUGUUAAUACUAAUUCUAGAAUAAGUUCUAAGUUUAUAUUUAUCAAUUUUCUAAUUUUAUUUUUGUGGACAAUACUUUGACCUCUUUUGGAGCUUGACGCGUUUGG